CGCGAGUGUGAGUCAGCUUACCGGUAUUGGCUACAACACCCUGCGAUAUUCGGUCGAAAUACCGACAAGCAACGGCACUGUUCCAAAAUUGCGGCUAAUGUUGGUUCCAAUGCUAUUUCAUCGACCCACACAUCAGUCCAAAAGUGUGAGCGCCAAUGUUUGCCCCCUUAUGUGGACACUGCCUAACCGCACUGUGUUCGUCCAGAUCUCAUUUUUAAAUAAUUAGUUUUUUAAAUAUUAUUGUAGUCCUGUGAAGGUCUGUUGAUGUUCUACUUCACUGCUCGCUUUUCGCAAGCUUUUCCCAAGUUGUAUUUCUCAAUCGGACUUAGUUUGUCCUUCGUACUAAAACACGUGGCGUUUAUCACAAUUCCUUUCGAUGUCAAAACAUCCCUACUUCCCCUCCACCAUCAUCACAAACGUCAUUGCCACUUGGUUGCUGUUCAUAUUUAAUUUAUAUCUCUGUUGUUCAGUACGUCAGAGUCCAUAUUAGUGUUGUUUACAUAAAAUAAAUGUAUUGAUCAUGACGGCUGGGAGGUAUUUUAAGCGGAAUAAUAUCGCGCUGUUAUCUUUCCCCCCUAUGUUUUUAUUGUUUUGUGUGUAGUCAUCAUGUGAAUAUUUUCCCGCUAGGUCAAAUGUGCUUUGUUUGCUAACAGCUGAAAUAUCAUCUACUACCGAAUUUCAAGAAUUUGGUGCCUAUUGUGAACGAACAGGUGUGACUUUCCAAUAUCAAAAUGAGCUUUCCAGCUUUAAAGAAUGACAGGCUUUUAAGAGCAGCUCGUGGUGAGGAAGUGGACAAGAUUCCAGUAUGGAUAAUGAGACAGGCAGGCAGAUAUCUCCCAGAAUUUCGUGAUCUUCGCCAAAAGUAUGACUUUUUCACGAUGUGUCAAACCCCAGCUCUAGCAGCAGAAGUGUCUAUUCAACCUAUACAGAGAUUUGAUCUUGAUGCAUGCAUAAUAUUUUCUGAUAUCUUGGUAAUUCCUCAAGCUUUAGGAGCGCAUGUUGAAAUGAAACCUAGUGUGGGCCCCGUUUUGGAACCUCUGGUUGAACCCGAAGACAUUACCAAACUUGAAGUGCCAGUUAAUGUAAAUGAGAAACUUGGCUAUGUUGCAGAAGCAAUCACACUGACGCGUCACAAGUUAGAAGGAAAAGUUCCUCUUAUCGGAUUUUCUGGGGCCCCUUGGACUUUGAUGGCAUACAUGAUUGAAGGUGGUGGAUCAAAGACACUUUCAAAGGCAAAAGCAUGGUUAUAUAAAUAUCCAGAUGCCAGCAAGAAAUUAUUAACUAUCUUAACUGAUGCUGUUGUUGAUUAUAUGAUAAUGCAGGCUGCUGCUGGUGCUCAGUUGUUGCAACUCUUUGAAUCAAAUGCUGAAUACCUAGGUCCUGAUCUGUUCUGCAAAUUUGCUCUUCCUUAUAUUCGUGAUAUCUGUAAAAGAGUGAAAACUGGCUGUGCUAGUGUUGGUGUAGGCAACAUUCCAAUGACAAUUUUUGCUAAAGGUGCACAUUAUGCUCUGGAGGAGCUUUCUGGAAGUGGUUAUGAUGUGGUAGGUAUCGACUGGACUGUAGAUCCCACAGAGGCAAGAAACAGAACAGGGGGAACUGUAACACUCCAAGGGAAUUUGGAUCCGUGUGCUCUAUAUUCCCCUCCAGAACAGCUGAAAAGUCUGGCAUCAGAAAUGGUACAAAAGUUUGGGAAGACUAAAUAUAUAGCAAAUCUUGGGCAUGGAAUAUAUCCUGAUGUUGAUCCAGCACAUGUAAAGAUUUUAAUAGAUGCGAUACAUGAUGUGAAGUAAGAACUGUCAUGGACUUAAUAUAAUUGAACUUUAAGGUGAAACUGUAUCAUACAGUUUUGUAUUUUGAAUGUUCAUUUCUUAAAAUAAAUUUACCAGAAACGUUUCUCUGAGGUCAAAAUUAAUCAAAAAAAUAGUUUAACCCUUGAGUAGGUGCGGCUGUGUAUAAAGUGUGCCCACCACAAAUAAAAUUGUUUUGCACCGUUG